AUGAUUUUCGCAGUGGUAGUGGCCCUGAUUGUGCCAAGCUGGGCCAACUCCCCCACACUGCCCGAUCGAAUCGAAGGUGCUUUUUUCGGCUGCCUUGUGGCGGAUGCGCUUACCUUGGGCUCACAUUACGAAUACGACGCGAAGGUCAUCAAGCAGGCCUACGGAGGCACCAUCCAACGCUUCAUGGGUCCUGGUGAAGCCAUGGGUGGCACUACGCAUGGCGUGGGCUGGGGUCGGCGAAACUAUCACCCCGGCCAGAAAGCAGGAGAUCAGACCGACUACGGCGAGUACAAUUUGCUUGCUUUGGGGUACCUGGCAUCCCGCAGCGGUGCAGAGGCGACAGCUGCAAUCAGGCUUGAGGGUCUUGUUCCGUACUGGCAGCAACGUGUGACCUCGAAGUCUUGGGGGGCUUGGCUUUGCACGCAGACCAAGCAGACACUGCAGCAGGUGUCGCAGAAAGUCCCCUAUGACAGGUUGGGAGGCAUGUCCAAUGCCAUGUCUCUCCGGCACGCAGCGGCCUACGCCGUCUUCGAUACGGAGGCUGAUAUUGUCAAGGCCGCGCGUACCCUGAUGUUCACCCAUCGAAACUCAGAAGCCCUGGGGGGCGGGGAGUUCUUUGGCCGGGUGGCUUUCCGCAUCAUCCACAAGGGGCUCAAGCCACGACAGGCCAUUGAGGAAGUUGCUUCAGAGAUGGGCGGUUGGUUCAAAGAGAAGGCCAAGCAGGGCAUCGCCAAGUUCGAGGAAGCCACAGACCCCACAAGGCCGUUGUCAAAAGAAGAAUUUGUCGACGACCUGGCCAUGACAUCAAUGGCACGGCUUUGGGAUGUUGGGAAGAGCGAGCCCAUCAAGGUGGGCAAAGCGUCUCCCACAGAGGGCACUCUUCCUAGCAGCGUCUACAUCAUCCUCAAGUACCAAAAUGAUUUCAUCGCCGGCCUGAAGGCUAACGCCAUGGUCGGUGGUGACAAUGCCGCGAGAUCUGUGGCAAUUGGCCUGGUCCUAGGUGCCUACCAUGGUGCCAGUGCCAUCCCAGAGGACCUGCGUUCAACGCUCAACGCGUGGCCCAAGGCGGAGAAGCUGCUCCGACAGCUGCCGCUGCUGCGGAAGCUGAGCGACAAGGGUGCCGAACUAUGA